AUGGCAAAAGUACUGUGCAAUCUCUUGGUUCUGGUCUCUCUUAUGGCAGUCCUAAAAUGGGGUCAGGCAGAGCAAAGUUGGGCCAACAGAGUUGUACGAGAGAAGGAGACAGUGACCAACCUCCAAUUCUACUUUCACGACACGUUCACCGGCAAGAACCCAAGUACCAUAGUGGUUGUUUCACUCAAUUCCACAAAACAAAACCCUGCAACCUUUGGUUCUAUCGUAAUGGCCGAUGAUCCGCUGACUGUAAUGCCAGACCCGAAUUCAAAGCUGGUGGGAAGGGCCCAGGGGCUUUAUGGAUCAGCCGGACAGACUGAACUAUCUUUCAUAAUGGAUAUCAGCUUGAUAUUCACGCACGGCUUCUACAACGGAAGCUCACUUAGUAUAUCUGGUAUCAACCCGAUGCACCACAGUUUUAGAUCUCACAGCAUCAUAGUUUUAGAUCUCACAGCACCGCAUCUCACGUCACCUCACAGUAUGCCCAAACAGACACAUUCUUUUAAUUUAACCAGUAAUGAUGAUGUUGUGGGACCUACUAAAAAGGUUUCGAGCAUACCAAAUAAGUCCUGGGUCGGUCUGGAUUUGAAAAACAAAGAUAACUCUAAUUUUCCCUCUGAAAUAAACUCAAACCUCUCAAACAAUCACCAAGCAAAGAAAAUACCAAUUAUAUGCGACUCAAGAAUGAAGCUUUGA